AUGGAGAACUCGGAACAGUCAUUCUACAACUCGCCUACCUCUACUCUACGACCUACCCCACACCUGUUUCCCCUUUCCUCUCCAACAACACCAGCCACUUCUUGCAUAUCCAGCACGAUUCGCUCAAACAACUAUCUCACACCACAAUGGAUGCAUGCACGACCAGUUCAGAGUGCUUUUAUGUCAACUGGUUUAUUACUGAGGAAAAAUAAACAGAAAGCUCAUUCAAGUGCAAUUGCAUGCACUGUACCUGGAACUCCGAGCAAGGGCACUCCAGAAAACCUGAUGUCGCGAUUUCAGUAUGAUUCACCUGGAGCCACUUGUCCAGGCACACCUAUCCGUGAAUUCGGAAGGGAUGAUAUACUGGAAUACUCGCCAGAUUCGCCGAGUAUGCCAGAGACUCCCUUGCGUAGAUUUUCUAAUGGUCAAAGACUAUCUACACCAGGUUCAUUUCCGAUCUAUCCAAGUACACCCGUGCCCUGUUCUGCAGACGCUUCAAGCAUUGCUUCUAUAUCACCCUUCGUGGCGACAUCUCCACAAACUGUAGGGAGCACUGACUUUCUGAGAAGAUUAUCAAACAAGGUAUCAUUGUCUACUAAAGUGCAUGACUAUGUCACGAUGUAUCCGAGGUUUCUGAAUUUGAAAUAUCUUGAACGUGAGAGGCGUUAUUCCGAAACUGGAAUUGGUAAUAACAAAGACAGCAACAACAGACGGACACUCAGCACGUAUUUCGACCGUAGCUUUGACGUAAUUAGUUUACUUGGAUCGGGAGAAUUCUCAGAUGCAUAUGAAGUAUGCGAUAAAAGGUCUGACCAAUACUACGCAAUAAAAAAAACCAAGCUCAAGUAUGCUGGACUAUUAGACAGACGCAGACGUCUCGAGGAAGUAGAAAUAAUGUGGAAACUUGAACCACAUUCACAUUGUGUACAGUUAAUCCAAUCAUGGGAAGAGAGAGGCUACUUAUAUCUACAAUUAGAAUUAUGCGACAACGGCAGUCUGUACGAUUUUAUAGAUGAUUACUGCGCUGAAGAACAAAUAGAUGAAAUAAGAAUAUGGAAAAUACUAAUAGAUCUCGCAUUGGUGAGCAAUAGACAAGCAUGUUUGUUUGAUUACAUCCACGAAACUCAUCCGACUGUUGUUAAUAAGGGUAUUAAACACAUCCAUGAUCAUAAUAUCGUUCAUCUCGAUCUUAAACCGGCAAAUAUAUUUAUUACAAAGCAACUGUGUCUCAAGAUAGGGGACUUUGGUUUAGCAACAGAGUUACCAUUGAGAGAGGAUAUUGAAGACAGAGAGGGUGAUCGUGAAUAUAUAUCAUUAGAAGCGUUAAAUGGACACUAUGGCAAAGAGGCCGACAUUUUCAGUCUUGGUUUGAUAAUCUUCGAACUAGCAGCAAAUAUCAUCCUCCCAGACAAUGGCACAGAAUGGGAUAAACUUCGCUCUGGUGUUAUAAGAGACUUUCACUUCAUCUCAAUCUCAUCCACACUUAUUGCCCUUAUCGAAAGCAUGCUCAGGCCAGACUAUAAACAGAGACCCACUGCUGAUGAGAUUCUAUCUCACCCAGUAGUACAGUUUAUUGUGAAAAGUAGAGAGAAUGGAUUGAUGGUAAAGCGAACAUUGGAGGUAGAGGAUCAUGUAAUCACCGAGCGUGUAAAGAAUGUGAUUGAGUCAUGUGAAGACAAGGGCAUAUGGGAAAAGGAAGGAGACAGUGUCAACGUUUUUGAGGAUGGUGGAGAGAAGUAG